AAAGCAAAGAAGCUCCCGAACAAAGACGUUGACGUCGCAUCAGAUUUCAAAGAAUCAACCGGUCUCAUCGGAGAGAGAACGAGCGCCACCGUCCCCCGCUAAAACUCCAUCCUCCUCCUCCUCCUCCUCCUUCUCCUCCUCUAUCUGUUGUGAACUUAGAUCGCGGCGUCUUACAUAUCACCGGUUCAAACUGUUCCACCGAGCUUCUUUCCUUGCCGACUGGGGGGCUCGAGUUCCGAGGUAGAACCGGAUAGCAGAUUCAGAUCAGAGGAGGACGGAGAGAUUGAACAAACGACGCCGUUUUGGAGUAAACACCGGUAACUCGGAUGCAAAAGAUAAACUCGCCGGGAUUUUGGCGGUAAAAUGAUGCAAUAUAUUGUUGUUACGAAGGAAUGGACCUGAUAUAUAAAUCUCUGGCAACUGCAACAACACUGUCAUUAACUGAUGAUCUUUCUUGCAUUUUUGGGAAAGCAAGAGUGUGACUUGGAGCAUUUGAUCAGUUGGGUAAUGGCUUUCCAUUUUGAGAAUUUGUAAAUUAUGGUUUUUGAUUUUAUUAGUGGUGGGGUAAAGAACAAAAGUGGACAGUGAAAAAUGGGGGCAAUUGGUGGGGAAGAGCUCAAGAAGUUGGAGAAGCUGCAAAUGGCAAGUGCUCGUGAGGAGAGGAUUCUUGUUUUGGUGAGGUUGAGGCCUUUGAGUGAGAAGGAAAUUGCUACAAAUGAAGUGGUGGAUUGGGAGUGCAUCAAUGAUAACAACAUCCUAUACCGUAAUACCCUCCGGGAAGGAUCAACAUUUCCUUCUGCCUAUACAUUUGAUAGAGUAUUUCGAGGUGACUGCUCAACAAAGCAAGUUUAUGAGGAAGGAGCAAAGGAGAUUGCUCUUUCUGUUGUCAGCGGUAUUAAUUCAAGUAUCUUUGCAUAUGGACAAACAAGCAGUGGGAAGACAUACACUAUGACUGGAAUUACAGAGUAUGCUGUGGCAGAUAUAUUUGACUACAUACAUAAACAUGAAGAGAGAGCAUUUGCUGUGAAAUUCUCAGCAAUUGAGAUCUACAAUGAAGCUAUUAGAGACCUUCUGAGCACAGAUAAUACACCACUUAGGCUGCGUGAUGACCCUGAGAGAGGAACUAUUGUGGAAAAAGUCACAGAGGAAACCCUGAGGGACUGGAAGCAUUUACAGGAGCUUCUUUCUAUCUGUGAAGCUCAAAGAAGGAUAGGGGAAACCUACCUAAAUGAGAAAAGCUCCCGGUCUCAUCAAAUAAUUAGAUUGACAAUUGAGAGUUCUGCUCGUGAGUUUCUAGGCAAAGGGAAUUCAACAACUCUUGCUGCCAGUGUGAAUUUUGUUGAUUUGGCUGGAAGUGAGCGUGCUUCUCAGUCAUUAUCUUCUGGUGCAAGGCUGAAAGAGGGUUGCCACAUAAAUAGAAGUUUACUGACUCUGUCGACUGUUGUUCGUAAACUAAGCAAAGGAAGGAAUGGACACAUCAAUUACAGAGACUCUAAGCUGACUCGCAUCCUGCAACCUUGCUUAGGUGGCAAUGCUAGAACUGCCAUUAUUUGUACUCUGAGUCCUGCUCGAGGUCACGUUGAACAAACUAGAAACACUCUUUUAUUUGCUUGUUGUGCAAAAGAAGUUACUACAAAAGCGCAGGUCAAUGUGGUCAUGUCUGAUAAAGCCUUAGUUAAGCAUCUACAGAAAGAGUUAGCCAGAUUGGAAAGUGAAUUGAGAAGUCCUGCUCCUGUUUCCUCGAAUUGUGAUUAUGCAGCACUACUAAGAAAGAAAGAUGUGCAGAUUCAAAAGAUGGAGAAGGAAAUUCAAGAAUUGACUCAGCAGCAUGAUCUUGCUCAAGCCCGGGUUAAGGAUUUGCUAAGAAUGAUCGGACAGGAUCAAGAUUCAGAGCAAUUGGGUAGGACCAGUCCUCUUCCUAAUCAGCAAGUUGGAGAUUCGUGGGAAGAUGAAUAUUCAGCAUUUGAGGAUCUGGAUGUUGGUUUUACAAAGUUAAAUACAACCCAUGGUUAUGGCUCAGAGAGUGAUGAGCAUCAGAAGAGCCUUGAAGACCAUUCUCUGUCUGAUGAUGAUCCUGAUGAUGACUGCAAGGAUGUUCAGUGUAUUGAAAUGGAAAACUCUGAACAUGAAGGAAUUCCAGCAUUGGCACCCGAGAAUGGAGAAGUGAAUCUUGUUCAAAAUGGUUCUACUUAUGAUGUGUUAGAACAAAGGCUGCAUGAUGUACAGAGGACCGUUGAUUCUCUUGUUAGGCCUUACCCGAAUGGCUCAUCCAUGGUGGCAGCAGACUUGUCAAGUUCUAGAAGCCUGAGGUUAACUAGGAGCUGGAGCUGUAGGGCAGAUGUCAUGGCUGGUGAAAAUGCUAGCACCCCACCCAGGUCGGAGAGAAUUUUUCCCGGAAGACCUGAAGGCCAUGGAAGGAAAUUUCCUUCAUUAAAUUAUAGCACCAUUAAUGGAAUGUUGUCAAGGAAUAACUCUCAGUCUUCUCUUGGGAGUGCUUCCCUAGAUGACGUAGAUAGAAUCAAGAAUUCAGCAGAUGAAGAUAUAACCAGUAUUCAAACUUUUGUUGCAGGACUGAAGAAGCAACUUGUUGAUGUUCAGGGCACAGGGCUAGAUUCCCAUGAUUUAGGGAAGAAUGUGAAAGAUGUAGGAUUGGACCCCAUGCAUGAGUCACCAGGCACACUUUCAGAUUGGCCUCUGGAGUUCGAGAUGCAGCGGAGAACUAUACUUGAACUUUGGCAAGCUUGCCAUGUUUCACUGGUUCAUAGAACUUAUUUCUUCCUGCUCUUUAAAGGUGAUCCCACGGAUUCCAUUUAUAUGGGGGUAGAGCUCAGGAGACUUUCCUUCCUCAAGGAAACAUUUUCUCAGGGUAAUAAGGCUGUACAUGAUGGUCAGACCCUCACACUUGCUUCAAGUGUGAGGGCUCUUCGCCAUGAGAGAGAGACAUUGAGCAAGCUGGUGCGGAGAAGAUUUUCAGAAGAAGAGAGACUGCAACUGUACCAGAAGUGGGAUAUUGGGUUGAACUCAAAGCAAAGAAGGCUACAGUUAGUCAAUCAGUUAUGGACAGAUAUAAAGGACAUGGACCACAUCAAACAGAGUGCCACCAUUGUUGCAAAGCUGAUUAGGUUUGUAGAGCAGGGACAAGCCAUCAAGGAAAUGUUUGGCUUAAGCUUUACUCCCCCACGUCCAAGAAGAAGAUCCUUUGGCUGGAAAAACAGCAUGGCAUCCCUUUUGUGAACUUGGUAAUGCUCACAUACAUAGAUGGUUUCUUAGGCCACUCAGCAUUCGUUUUUGUGAUGGCAAUUAUAACAGAUUGCGAUGAUCGUAGUGUAGGGUAAAAUGUAUCUUCACCUGAUCAGAGCAGAAGCUGAGUCAGGCUUGGUGAAAUUGCUUCCCCGUUUCUCGUUUUGGGUGUUUAUCUGAUUCAAUGGGCUCUGGUGUUGCUCAUUUGAUAUCUGUUUUAAUAUUUACUAUGUAGAUGACAUUGAACGGUGUGUGGUGCGGAUUUGGAAAUAGGGCUUUUCAGAUUUUGUGUUAUGGAAUCCAUUUAUGAUUGUUAUCCCAUUCUAUGCAGUUCAAUGAGUUUAGUAAAAAACAAUAAAAUAU